GUAUUAAUAUACCCAUAGUUAGUUAUGGACUUUAACUUAAGUGGGUGUAUGUUUAUUGGUCUGACUUGUCGUACGUGUGUAUGGUAGGUCAUGUCUAUUGAUGACCUCGUUGUAGCUUAUUACAUAAAGAUAGCAGUCGGUGUAUGUUGAUGCUCGGCUAAUUAGCUUUUCGAACGCUUUGGUGGCGUUCCCUGGGUUUUUCGAGGUUAUUCAGUUGUUUGUAUUAUUAUGGGUUCUAAACGCAGCUACAAGACAGUGCUGCUCGGCGACGCAUCUGUCGGCAAGUCGAGUUUUGUUUUACGUUUAACUCGAGGAGAAUUUGCAGACAGCACGACUUCAACCAUCGGCGCUGCCUUUUUUAUGCACACUGUGCGUUGCAGUCCUCCAGCUGCUAAGGCGGUCACCGAAAGCGCUGCUCCCAAAGAUGGCAGUUCUACACGUGGCAUACAGACUCCAACUUCACAAGAUGAUGCGUCAGGUGCCCAAGUUACGGUCAAGUUUGAUAUAUGGGACACCGCAGGGCAAGAGCGCUUCAAGAGUAUCGCACCAAUAUACUACCGCGGCGCAGCUUGCGCGAUAGUUAUUUUAGAUGUCUCAUCUUCUAGUAGUUUGCAGCAUGCGAUAUCGUGGGUAGACCAGAUUCGUAUGACCAAUUCGAGCAAUACGCUAACUAUAUUGGUUGCAAACAAGAUAGACCUUCUAGGCACAAAGGACGAAUAUGAGCAGACACUAUCAAGUGCCCGCACCUACGCGCGCGAAAACUCAUUACUACUAGUGGAAACAAGCGCCAAGACUGGACAAAAUAUAUCCAAAGUAUUUGAACUCUUGGCCAAGGAAAUUUUGCGAAACCCGCAGCGUUUCGAUAAACCGUCAGCCACAAGCUCUACGCGGGCGAUCAAUGUGGAUGAUUCACGAUCCCGCAUGCUACGAUUAAAGUGCUGUGACAGUUUUUAAUAU